AUGGUAGUGUGGUCAUUAUCUGGUUUUCAGGCCAGUUUGACCUUUUUGUCAACUGAAAGCUUUACAUUUUUGCAAUAUUUGUUUUCUCUGGACGGAGUAUCGACAGGCUGUUUCCGGUGUUUUUAUUUAAACACAUUUAUACUAAAGCUGUUUCCUGUGUUUUUAUUUAAACCGAAGUUAGAAUAUAGUUUUUGGGGUAUUACAGCUAUACAGAUGUGUAACACAGUAGCACUGUUUUUCUUCGGUCCAUACCGGAAUGGACCAUUCAUUUGUUGGUUUGUUGCCAUAUCACAGAAAAUAUUUUAUUUGACACAAGUAGAGAAAAUGGUUAUUGCUAGAGCAUUCCUAGUAGUAUGUACUGUAAAGUCAGGUGUGGAUAGGGAGCAAGUGUUAUAUCGUUACCUUCCCUUUCAUUGUUCAGACAGUUGCAACUGGAAACUGUUGGAUCGACAGUUCGCUGCCCAGACAUUGAGAGCAUUGCUGUCAGAACUUCAGUACAAAGCGUGCAAAAACAAAGUAGAUAUUUUUCCAGUAACAGGACUAGCAACUUAUACUAAUGUUCAUUUUGGUCCUGAUUACAAUGUCAAUCAACUAAAUUCCAGCUUCUUGCCAAAUCUGCGUUAUUAUCAAGUCAAUGUGAUGCCGCUGUCAACAUUUAAUUGUUCCACCGCGCAUCUGAAAAGAUAUUUAUACAGUUCGUUUAAGCAUGACUUCUAUGUUAACAGAAAACUUUUUAAAGCAACACGCAAAACAUGCGUACAGCUGAGUGCAAGAAAAGACUACGAAACAUUACAAGAUGGCUGUACCUUUUCUACAAUUAUAACAAAGAUGGCGACGAAUUAUGUGGUAUGCAUAAACUGUGGUAUCAGAGAAGGGACAAAACGAUGCAUGAAAUGUCAACAAGCUUUCUAUUGCAGUCGAGAUUGUCAAGUAAAACACUGGAAAGAAGAACAUAAGAAAUCGUGCACUCAAAUUGAGACUGGAACAAAGAGGGAAGAUACAGAAGUGAAAGAGAAACAAUUUAAAGCUUCGAGAUUUCCAUCAGCAGAAUUUGUUACUUGUCUUUCAUGUUCGGAAAAAGAAGCAAAAUUUUGUUGUAGUCGUUGUAAACAUAAAUUAUACUGCAGUAGAGAAUGCCAAGUCGAACAUUGGAGACAACAUAAAAAUGUUUGUCAGAGUAAAAAAGGACAAGCUAAAAGCAGGGAAAACAAAAAUGAGAAAACAGCCAAUGUUAGUGUGGAAAAAAUUAAACAGGACCUCUUGAAUAGCAGGGCAGCUAGUGAAGCACAAGUUAGCCAGUUAUUAACUAACUUGAAAAGUUUCUAUCCUCGUAUCCCGUCGCACCUUAGAAAAGUGUUAGAUCUCGACAUUCCUUGUUUUCAUCAGGAAUAUAAAGAAGCUUAUCCGUACGACAAGGAAGGUUUUGGCCUGUUAGAAAAUUGCUUUAAUCAACAAAAGUUAUGGGCUUUUCAGGAAGUUGGAUUAGAUGAAGUUUCUUGGGAUAAAUACAUGUAUGUAAAAAGAUAUGGUGAACAUUCACGGGCUUUAUUACACAUGUUAGCGAUGGGUCCUCGCCCUGGCGAUGUCCUGAACUCUUUAAGUUUGCAGAGUUAUCCGAAACAACGUUACCAAAUUUUGCGAAAUUCAGCUGUAGGGGAAACUUGCUUCGAGUUUGGCAAAAAGUAUGUUUAUAUCGGGUUUGUUGAUCUUCUUGAGCUUUUGAUGGGCAAUUUCAGUGGAGACGGUGAUAAGGUAAGAUUUGUUGGAAUUGAACAAUCCGAAAUAUGUGUGGCACGUUCUUUGAUUAUCUAUGAAAUGAUAAAAAUGAAAGCAAGCUACGAUGCAAUUUUAGAAGUGUGGUUUUCCACUGGUUGGAGUGAUAAAACCCUGGAGUUGUUUAAAGCUACAUGCUGCAAUAUAAUUCCAACCGUUCAAAAUAGGGAGGUAAGAGCAUUGAUUGAAUACUGGAUGACGGUGAAGUUGCAACUCGGUGAAGCCAGAACAAUGUGGAGAGAAGGGUACGUCUCACAGAAUUCGUUUAUGCCUGUUGGUAAUUUGUUAAGAAAAGAAGAUCGCGUUGCCUUCUGUUGGUAUCAGUUCACAGGACAAAUAUUUGGUCAAGUAAAUAUGCAAAACCAUGGUAACGUUACUAUGUUCUGCAGAACAGCUCCAUUUGAAGAAUACCAACUGUCUGCAGAUACAUUGUUUGCUUCUUUUAGCCUUAACAAAUUCUUUCCAUAUAACGGAAACAUUUUUGAGAGCAUUACGAAAUAUUACAAGUACAAACUUGAUACUUUUAUCGGAUUAGUAGCUGAAAGGAAAGUCGAAUGCACGUUUUAUGUCAAAACGGUUUUAUUUAACAAUAAGGAAGCCAUGAAAGAAAUCAAGUCAUUUAAAGCUGAUCAUGUAGACUGGAAUAAUCUUGCUGAUUACAUGAGUAAAGAAACGUUCUUUCGAUUAGCUGAUGGCUGUGGGAGUAAAGAAACGAUCCAUUCGUUGCAUUUCAUGAAUUGGACCAGAUGUAUAUAUGGAUCAUUUAUUCUUGAAUACAAAAACAGAACAGAAGUUCACAUUGCACAAAAGAAAAAGUUCAUGGAAAUUCUGAUUGCUAAACAUCAUAACGGAAUGAUUCCUUUUUUCAGGACGGAUAUCCACCUUAAUCACCCGUACAAUAUCAGCUCGAGUGUCCUUGCCUUACGUUAUCAAAAUAAAUUUUUGGACUUCUAUUUUGACGUAGAUGGUUUUAAAGUCGACAUAACACAAUUUAAUGAGCCAGAUAUAUGCAACUGCUUCCUUCGAAAUAAUCAUACAUUUGACUUGUCCUUUCAAAUUGAAAAGAAGCAGUAGAAACUGGAAUUCUAUUGCAGUAAUUUCGUUCUAAAUAUUGCUGCAACACAGAUGGCCGUCUAUUAGAAGGUAUUGAUUUACAAAAACAUUAAUUGAACGUAUCGUCUAGAUUUUUAGUCCCUUUGUAUAUAUCUAAAUUUACUUAGAAUUUUUGGUAAUGUUUGGAUAUAGCUGCAAUAGGAAACAUAGAGGUGUGGCAUAGUUCGAAGUAUUUGAAGUUAGUAAGAAAAGUAUCAAUCUUUGUACAGACAAUGUUAGCUUGCUUUUUAAACAGAUUUUCCACACAUUCCCGUUUUAAUUUAAUUUUAAUUUACUUUUUUUCGGGUUCCACAAUUACAACGUUUCUUCUCCCUAAAGUUAAAACGUUAAAAAUAUUAAAAAGUAUAUACAUACAAAUCUUCUAAAACGUAGCUUUAAACGUUAAAUUAUCAAGACUUGAAGAAAGCCGACUAUAUAUAAUAGCGGAUAAGCACAGGCGCUCGAAAAUAACAGAUUUAUCGCAACCACAUUGAGAAGCUUUUGCAUGUCAACGUUUUUGCAUUUAUUAGUGAUUUUUAAUCUAUCCUCGCUUUCUUAAAUGGCUAGCCUUAAAUUAACUUUAAUUUUAUACAAUAUGUUUUAUGACCGAGUGUUUUGUAGUUGUCUAGCUUUGUGAUCUAAAUCUUCAGUAUGUAAAGCUAGGUUAAAUAUAUUUUAGGUGUUAUAAGCUAUUUUUCAAAAAACAACCUGACCUUGAAUAAUAUAGUAAACAAAGUUCAGCAUGGAUAUUUCUUAACUUCUUAAUUUACGGAGUCAGACCCAUGUUUUAUAUCCCUGACAGCACAGCCUCCCUGUUUGUAUAUCUAUUUACUUUUUUAAUUUUCUUAAUAUUUUGCAAGUUUGUAGUUAAAAAGACCUAUAACCACAGUUAUAGGUCUACUCAAAUGUAUUCUUUAAAGAUUUUAUUUUAUACAAUUUUGUUUUUACCCAAAGUCGCAAUGUUUUGUAACUUUAUGCCGCGGCUGAACUUACAAUGUUACAGUUCAUUUGGAACGAAAUUAUAGCAUUUGAUUCAAAAA